UACUACUUCUUCUUCUUCUUCCUUCCUUUCCUUCUCUCUCCUUUUUGACUUUGUGGGUCUCAUUCUUAAUCCUUUUAAACCCACCUUCCUUCGUUGAACAAAUAAACAUAUUUUGAAAAAAAGAAAAACAAAACUUUGUCCCAUUUUUCUAAUUAAAUUCCCUUUUAUCCAUUUCCCAUUUCUCCAUUUUUAAUCCAACCCCCCUUUUCUUUUUCUUACCCACAAAAUCUCUCUCAAAUCUUCUCCUACUUUCCAACCUAACCCUCUCAUGAAUUUCACUUUCCAAACCCGCCUUCCCCCUUAUUCCUUCCUUCUCUCUGUAAUGCCGCUUCUUCUCAAAGACUAUCAAAUUAGAUUCAAGAUAAUCGCACCAUUCCCAGAUGAUUUGAAACAGAGGCGUUCUGUUUUCUGUUCUGAUUUGAUUUGAUUCCUCUGUUCUCGUUUCAGGUUAUUGGUUAUCUGUUCUUCUGUUGUACGGUGGGAAAGGUCAAAGCAGUAAAUUUUUCAUUAUUCCGCGUUUAUCAUCGAUUGAUAAUUGAAAAGUGGGAAAGAUCUGAUUGUUUACUGUCAUGCUGUCAAGUUCUUGCUUAAGUUUGUUAGAGUUAUCAUCUACGGAUAUGUUGGAUUUUCCUCCUACACCGAGAACGGUACCACGGGUGAUGACUGCUUCUGGAAUAUUUUCGGAUAAGGACAGAGAUUCGGAAGUUUCCUCCUCUAAAUGCCGAGGGAGAAAAAUUAUCGUGGCAAAUUUUCUCCCUCUUCAUUCUAAAAAGGAUCCAGAUUCUGGAAAAUGGAGCUUCAGUUUUGAUGAGGAUUCGCUUUUGCUUCAGCUGAAGGAUGGAUUCUCACCUGAUGUAGAUGUUAUAUAUGUUGGAUCGUUAAAGGUCGAUGUCGAUAUCCGAGAGCAAGAUGAGGUUUCUCAGAAAUUGCUGGAGGAAUUCAACUGUGCACCGACUUUCAUUCCUACGUACCUUCAGAAACAAUUCUAUCAUGGAUUCUGCAAGCAACAUUUGUGGCCACUUUUUCAUUACAUGAUGCCGAUUUCCCCUUAUCAUGGAUCUCGCUUUGAUCGACAUCUUUGGCAAGCGUACCUUUCAGCCAACAAAAGGUUUGCAGAUAAAGUGAUGGAGGUAAUCAAUUUAGAAGAAGAUUAUGUCUGGAUUCAUGAUUACCACCUUAUGGUUCUCCCUACUUUUUUGAGAAAACGCUACAGUCGAAUUAAGCUUGGAUUCUUCCUUCAUAGUCUGUUUCCCUCAUCAGAAAUCUAUCGAACUCUCCCUGUUAGAGACGAGAUUCUAAGAGCAUUACUUAAUGCAGACCUAAUUGGUUUCCAUACAUUCGAUUAUGCUCGCCACUUCCUAUCUUGUUGUAGUAGACUACUUGGUUUAGAGUAUGAAUCUAAACGUGGAUAUCUCACGCUCGAGUAUUUUGGCCGUACAAUAUACAUCAAGAUUUUGCCUGUUGGAGUUCAUAUGGGUCGACUUGAGUCUGCAUUAAAUCAACCACACACUUCAAUCAAGGUCAAGGAAAUCAAAGAAAACCUCAAAGGAAAAAAACUUAUUCUUGGUGUUGAUGACAUGGACAUAUUUAAAGGUAUUGGUCUGAAGCUAUUAGCUAUGGAACAGCUCUUGAACCAGCAUCCAGAAUUAAGGGGCAAUGUCAUUCUCGUGCAAAUUCUAAAUCCAGCACGGAGUAAUGGUAAUGAUGUCCAGGAAGCGAAACGGGAAACUUAUGAGAUCACCAAAAGGAUUAACAAGGUUUUCGGUUCUCCGGGAUAUGAACCUGUAAUCUUGAUUGAUCAUCCUAUUUCUCCUCACGAGAAGAUUGCAUAUUAUGUAUUAGCAGAGUGCUGCAUUGUAAAUGCUCUCAGGGAUGGUAUGAACUUAGUUCCCUAUGAGUACAUUGUUUGUCGACAGGGAACUUCAAAAAUGGAUGAAGUCUUGGAAGUCUCCCCGGAUUCACCUCGUACCAGCACAAUUGUGGUAUCGGAAUUUAUAGGUUGUUCACCAUCUCUAAGUGGUGCGGUCAGGGUAAAUCCCUGGGAUUUUGAUGCUGUAGCUGAUGCACUUUAUGCAGCUGUCUCCAUGCCUGCUUUAGAGAAGCAACUGAGGCACGAAAAGCAUUACCGAUAUGUUAGCUCUCACGAUGUUGCUUACUGGGCUCGCAGUUUCUCGCAAGAUUUGGAACGGGCAUGCCGAGAACAUUACAGUAAACGUUGCUGGGGCAUUGGUUUCGGUUUAGGGUUUAGAAUCUUGUCACUUUCUCCAAGUUUCAGGAAGCUUUCUAUUGAGCACAUUGGCUCUGCCUAUAGGAGUGCCUCUAGGAGGGCAAUAUUUUUGGAUUACGACGGGACUGUGGUUUCGGAAACUUCGUUGGUUAAGUCUCCAUCACCUGAAGUUAUUUCUAUCAUCAACAACCUUUGCAUGGAUUCAAAGAACACCGUUUUUAUAGUUAGUGGCAGGGGGAAAGAUUCUCUUGGUGCAUGGUUUGCUUCGUGUAAGAAUCUAGGUAUUGCUGCCGAACAUGGAUACUACUUGAGGUGGAAGAAGGACUCUGAUUGGGAAGUUAGUUCAUUAGCUGAAAACUUCGAUUGGAAAAGGAUUGCAGAACCUGUGAUGAAACUAUACACUGAGGCAACAGAUGGCUCAUACAUAGAGACCAAAGACAGCGCAUUGGUAUGGCACCAUCAAGAUGCUGACCCUUAUUUCGGUUCAUGUCAGGCCAUGGAGCUUUUGGACCACCUUGAAAAUGUCCUUGCCAAUGAACCCGUUGUUGUUAAAAGAGGUCAGCAGAUCGUUGAAGUUAAACCUCAGGGUGUGACUAAAGGACUAGUAGCUGAAAGAGUUCUUUCCACAAUGAUCAGUUCUAAUAAAGCACCUGACUUUGUGCUGUGCAUUGGAGAUGAUCGAUCAGACGAAGACAUGUUCGAGAGCAUAUCGAGCAAAAGCUAUAGCUCAUCCCUUGCUAGCCCUCCAAAGAUAUUUGCCUGUACUGUGGGGCAAAAGCCUAGCAAAGCCAAAUACUAUUUAGAUGAUACCACUGAUGUUUUGACCCUGCUUCAAAGCCUGGCCACCCCUUCUACCCGGAAACUGAGGCCGAGUUUUGAAACUCGUGUUUUGUUUGAGGAUGAUAUUUGAUGCAAAAGAUCCAAUCUACCGUUAUGCACUCGAUUGAGCAAGUGCUUGCUUUCAUGAUGGGAAUGCUUCUUUCAGUUGAUGCCCUUAUUCCAUCCUUCACUUUUUUAAAAUAUCAGCCUGGAGAACGAACCUUUACCGAGUCGGGAUCUGUCUCGAUAACCCGACUUUUUCCCACAGUCUCUGUUGCCAAUGGAUUGACUUCAGGAAGAUAAUUGCGGCUAGAACAAGUUGGUUUGGUGGGGUGUAAAUAACUUCUUUCGUUCUUCUCUUCUCCCGGAUUCUAGAGUCGCAGAACAAGAUCCAUUGCAACCUAGGAAUGGUAUAAGUUGUUCUUUUUGUUCUUGUUUCUAGUUUCUUUUGUUCUUUUUGUUCUUUUUAUUUUUCUUUUUUUGACAGAUAUAGUGAACAGGUUUUAGAUACAAAUUACAAUUAGCCACAUAGGUUUGUACAAUUGAACUUGUUUAGUUCUUACAGGAUAACCAUUCUUUUUA